GCAAGUGGAUUAAAUGGCAACGAAAUAGAGAGCAAGGAGCGCCUCCUGUCUCCAGCCGCCAAAUGAAGUAUUCAUUAUCCUGGACAAGCAAUUAGCACGUCGCCAGUGAACGGUCACUUAUUUAAUUAAAUUUGUGCAUAUAUUGAAGCAACCCAAAUACACAAAAAUUUGAUAACACGCACAACAGUUAAAUGAUAUUCAAAUCAAAAAUACAGAAAAAAGAGUUAUAUAAAGGAGCCGAAUAAAGGUUGUGAAUUUAAAAAAAGUCUGUGCAACAAAAAUAUUUGAUAAAACUAAAGCAACGAAUAGUUUAAAAAUACACAAAGCGAUGGGUAUGUAACAGGUAAAAUUCAAGGGUUACCGAAUACAUAAACAAAAUCCAUAACAAUCUCUGAAAUUUAUGAAUAAAUAUAAGAAAUAAAAUAUAAUCAAAACAAGUCAAGGAAACACAAUUUGCAGCUGCAUAAAACAACAGUCCAUUUCGAAGUUGGCUAACUGCAAGCAAAGAAGUGGCUCAAUUGCGAUGGGCAAUUUAUGACAUGCCGUUGCGUUUCCAAGGAAAAAUAGGCCAUCGCCUGUCCUCCGUCCUCGACAUGGCCUUCCCCCAUAUCCUGGUGCUACUGCCUCUCAUUUGCACCGCCUCGGCCCUCAGCCUGCCGAAUAUGACCUCAACGGAUGCCGUCGCUGCCGGUGGCGGUAUUUCGCCAAUCCUUGUUGCAGGAAAUCCCAGCAAUCUGGGCGGCAGCAACAUAAGCCUCAGCGGGGGGGGAUUGGCCGGCAGCAAUCCCGGUGGACAAUCAGCACCGGAUUCGGGGGGCGGUACCUCUGCGGGCGGUUCGCCAGCGGGUGGCAGCAGCGGUGCCGCCGGCAGUAAUAGCGGUAUAAGCGGCAGCGGCAACAACUCUGCCAUGAUCCAAGGUCAGAAGAGCAGCCAGUACGAGAAGUGCGCCGGUCCUGGGGAUCCGGGUCCCUGCAAGCAAUACAUCUACAAGUGGCGCUACGAGCCAACCACAAACGAGUGCACCAACUUCAUUUGGGGCGGUUGUGAGGGCAAUCCGCAGAACCGUUUCGGCACAGAGGCGGAGUGCCUCUUCCAUUGCAUCGGCGGACCUCAUACUCUGCCGCCGUUCCUGCAGUCCACCACCCGUGAGCCGAGCACCACGGAGAGUUCCAUGCUCCUCGGUUCGCCGUACACCCAGGGUCCGGCCCAAUCGCCGGACGGAAUGGGCGGGGCCGAGGGCGGGGAUGGAACCACGCCCGUGCCCAUCGAACAGCGCGGCCCCGAGCUGACUUUCGCGGAGACCGGCCAAGGCAAAACUUUCAUUUUCGCCAAGAACAACACGUUCAUCCAAAUGGACGGCGACAUCAUACAGACAUUUCAAUUAAGACUUUGCCGUGAGAUUUCAUUUCAAUUCCGCACCCGACUGCCGCACGGCCUGCUCGUCUAUCACAACGUUAAGAAUCCGGAUCGCAUUAUUUUGGACCCCUAUGCACUCUAUGUGAUUGUGGAGAAGGGCCAGCUGAAGGUGGUCCAUGUCUUUGGCAAGCAUUCAACGAGUGUCACUGUGGGCGAGAGUCUGAAUCGAGAUGAAUGGCACAGUGUGAUGGUGCGCAUCGAUGUCCAUGGCGCAAGAUUAAUUGCACGCGUCGACAAUAGUCAGGAGGAGGUCUAUCUGAAAGGACUGAAUCACGAGUACAACUACGGCGUCUCCACGAAUCUGCCGUCGGUGGUCCUGGUCGGAGGCCUUUCCUCGGAGGAGAAGCUGCACGGCGUGAAAUACAUUACGGAGUCCUUUGUGGGCUGCAUCCGCAAUGUGGUCCUGAGCUCCGGCAAGGCCGCCUCCGACCUCCUGCCCAUCGCCCCCCUGGUGGCCACCAAGCACGAGAACGUCAACGAAGGAUGCUCGGACAUGUGCGAGUCCCGGCACAACCUCUGCUUCGUGGGAUCGCGCUGCAUCAACCACUACGGCGGCAUAUCCUGCGACUGCUUUGGCACCGACUACGAGGGCGAGCACUGCGACAUAUACACGGCCACAAUAAUAACCUUGCGAGGAGCCAGCUAUGUGUCCUACAGGAUAUACGACUGGAAGGAUCGUGUGCAUUCCUCCACCAGGCGAAUAAGUCUGAUGUUCCGUACGAAUUUCGACGAUUCAGCCUUAUUUUACGCCAGUGGAGAGUCUCUGAAGCAUCAGUAUAUAGCGGCUUCCAUUAAGAACCAAUCGAUUCAUGUGGAAAUGGACUUUGGCGACAAUGUGAUGAGUACCAUACUCACAGAUGACUUGACACGAGGAUAUUGGCACAACUUAACGAUUCUACACGAACAGAGGACGGUGAGCAUUAUCCUGGAUCAACAGCAAAAGGUACUGGAACUUCCAGCCACGGCCAGUGGGAAUCUGCUCUUCGAUCCGGAGAUAUAUUUCGGAGGAGGACCGGAACUGCACAAGAAGAAGGGUCUGGCCUCCCAUAACAAUUUCGUGGGCAGCCUGAAAUAUGUCUACUACAACGACAUCUCCAUUCUGUAUGAGCUGCAAAGGGGGAAUCCCAAGUUGCACUAUCACGGCGUGCUGGAGGCGGAGUUCGUCGAGAAUGAAGUGAAUGUCAUACCCAUCACCUAUCCCUUUGCGACAUCACACAUUUGGUGGCCCAUAAAUCACGCCGAAGAAUUUAAUAUUAAAUUCGAUUUCCGCAGCAGUCGGCCGGGCGCGGUGCUGGCCUACAGUGACGUUACGACCAGUGCCGGAAAUGGCUUCUGGGAGAUACGUCUGACGUCGGACAAACUAAGUUUCGAUCUGGUGCCCGAUGUCAACAACAAUGUAACGCACUCGACCACCAUUAAAAUCAAUAGGGCCACCUCGUGGCACAGCGUGGAGUUGGACUAUAAGCUGGGCGAGAUCCGCUUCACGGUGGAUUAUCGCCACACUCUCAGCCAAAUGUACGGAUUGACCUUUAACAUCGGCGACAAACUGAUCAUCGGCAGCAGCUUAAAGUCGGCAGCCAUGGGUUUGGUCGGUUGCAUACGAGAUAUUGAAAUCAAUGGUCAUCUAAUCGAACCCCGACAUGUGGUUAAAACGGAGCGCGUUGUGGGAGAGGUCGCUCUGGACAAUUGCAACUACAUAGAUCCGUGCAAAAGACCCAAUACCUGUGAGCAUGGGGGCAAAUGCUUUGUAAAAGACGAUCGUGUAACCUGUGAUUGCAAACACACGGGUUACAUAGGCAAAAAUUGUCAUUUUACCAAGUACCGAAAGACCUGCGAAGAGCUGGCACUUUUAGGAUUCACCAAAUCGGAUGUUUACCUCAUCGACAUCGAUGGCAAUGGUGUAUUUCCACCUGCCCAUGUGAAAUGCGAUUUCCAGAGCCUUGAAAAUGCCACCAAAACGAUUGUGGAGCACAAUCUACCCAGUCAAGUGGAUGUGAGAUCUGCCAGGGAAACCGACUUCAGCUUCAACAUCAGAUAUAGGGAAUUUUCGCCUCACAUGCUGCAGGAACUUAUCUCGCAUUCGCUGUACUGCACACAGUACAUCAAGUACGACUGCUACCGGGCUCAAUUGGAACUUCACUCGGCCACCUGGUUCACAUCCUCGGCCAAGAAUCUCACCGUCGACUUUCUGGGCAACGUCAAGAGAGGCGCCUGCCCGUGCUCCGUUAACAAGACGUGCGUGGACCCGAAUCAAUCAUGCAACUGCGAUGUGAAGGAGAACAAAUGGAAUUCGGAUGAGGGCUACUACCAGGAUCCGCAGAGCUUGGGCAUUACCAAUAUGUACUUUCUGCAGCAGAAGGAUAUGGAUGCCGAGGCCCAAGGUCGCAUCACUCUGGGUCCGCUGGAGUGCGUCGAAACAAAUACGCAGAAGUACGUGGUCACCUUCACCACAUCGCAGUCGUACAUCGAGGUGCCCGGGUGGCGGAAGGGCGACAUCGCCUUCUCGUUCAGGACCACCGGCGAGAAGGCCAUCCUGCUGUUCCAGCCACCCAUCCGCCCCCACUACCCCUCCUUCAUGGUGGCCCUGACCGGCGACGACCAGCUCACGUUCACCUUCACCCUGAGCACGGGCACCACCCGCGAACUGGUCAUUAACUCGCACCGCCGGAUGAACGGCGGCGAGUGGCAUAAAAUAUGGAUCGACUACAACCAGUAUCAUGUGCGCUUCAUGAUAAACACCGAUUACCAGAUGCUCGAUUUGCUGCCCGAGGAGGAGUUCGGACCGUUCGAGGGCAGCAUGUACAUCGGCGGCGCUACAUCCGACCUGCUGAAGAAGCUGUCAGUUAAAGCCGGCCUUAUUGGCUGCUUCCGUGGCCUGGUGGUCAACGGCGAGAUUCUCGACAUCUACAGCUACAUGUCGGUGCAUCUGUCGGAGAUUAUCAAGGACUGCAAGCCAUCCUGUGUGCCAUCGCCCUGUCGGAAUGGAGCCCAAUGCAAGGAGCUCUGGAGCAGCUUCAAGUGCGUCUGCAACAAUCCCUGGGCACAUAUCGGCGAGUUCUGCGAGACAAACAUUAACGAAAAGGCUCUGACCUUCAUCAACCGAGAAUCCUUCCUGAUGCGAAAUUAUUUAAGUGUAGGAGCUACGCCUGCUAUCCUUAUGCAUGGAAUGAAUGACGAACGUGAUAUCCUGAAGGGGAUCCUCAACCAAGAUCUACUGAUCAAUCUGCGAACCUACGACACUAAUGCUCUGGUAUUAUAUGCCAACGAUCACUACAAUAACUUUGUGCACCUGUACAUUAGCAUUAACCGGGAGAUUGUAUUCCUGUAUAAUUAUGGUGAUGAAAUUGUGAAUCUCACUCUACUGGAUGAUACAUUGAUGGCUUCUUUGAAAAGCAUUCAAGUGGCAAUAGUUCGAGGAGAGCAGGAAACUAGAAUGCAUGUGAAUCAGCGAAGUGUAAGCAUCGAUAGGGGAACCCUACUCUUAGAUGAGUAUGCCAACAAACCUUGGAGCAAUCCGGAAAAAGAGGUUCUGUCGCCGCACCGCCCCCCUGCCCCGCCCACCGAGUACUUCCAGUUCCACGUGGGCGGCUAUGAUCCGGCGAAUUUGCUGCGCCCCAAUGUGGAUGCACCCACCCUCGAAGGUUAUAUUGGUUGUGUGCGAGGCCUGAAAAUCGGAACGCAGUUGAUCGACUUGGCGGAUAUCAAUGAAAGGAAUAUAGCGCCCACCCAGGAAGGUGUCCUGCCCAACUGCCAGAUCAAGUGCGAUGCGGAGCCGUGCAAGAACGGCGGCACCUGCAAGGAGCACUUCGCGGAGCAGCUCUCCACCUGCGAUUGCGAGCACACCAGUUUCCUGGGUGAAUUUUGCUCCGAGGAAAAGGGAGCUGACUUCAGUGGCGAAUCGACGUUGCAGCGCAAAUUCGAUCUGCUGCCCGGUACAGGUCGCGUUGACUAUGUGCGCCUGCAGCUGGCCUUCUCGUCCUUCGACCUGCGACGGGCCAAUCGCAUAAUGCUGCUGAUGCAAACGGAGGCGGAGCGGAGCUACUACCUCCUGCUGGCCAUCACCUCCGAUGGCUACCUGCAGCUGGAGGAGGAUCGAGACAAUGGGCGAACGGUUGGCGCCCGGAUCGAUCGGAAUUUCCUGAACAGCGCCAGGCAUUCGGUGUACUACGUGCGAAAUGGCACCCAAUCGCAGCUCUUCAUUGAUCGUGAGCAGGUGCCCCUCACCGAAUUCGCCGCACGUGUCCUUACAACCAGCGGCGAUGCGGGCUCGAAUCGCGUCCAGAUCGGUGGCAUCAACAGCACGGACUCGCGGUUCGCCGUCUUCAAGAGCUACAGCGGCUGCCUGUCGAACAUCUAUAUACAGGUGAACGGGCACGUUAUGAAGCCACUCGAGGAGUACAUGCUAUUCACAAAGUCCACCGCCGACAACAUUACGGUCAUCAAUCCUCAGGGAGUGCGGAGCGCCCAGUGCAACGCCAAAUUCGAUGUGAGCGAGCAGCCCACGCAGGAGCCCAUGGUCAACGUCAGCAUGAUACCGGAGCCAUGGGUGGAGGAGCCGCCGGCCCGCGUCCCCUACGUCCCGAGAUUCGUGUACGACGAGGACAAGCAGGAGGACUCCACGCAGGUCGUCUUCCUCACGCUGACCACCGUCUUCGUCAUCAUCGUGAUCUGCUGCCUGCUGGAGGUGUAUCGCAGCCACUUGGCCUACAAGAAGCGCAUCGAACGCGAGACGGACGAGGACAUCAUUUGGUCCAAGGAGCAGGCAACCAAGAUGCACGAGUCGCCAGGUGUUAAGGCCGGCCUCCUGGGCGGAGUGACGGCGGGAUCGGGGAACGGCCUUCCGCCAUAUACCUACAAGGCGCUGCCGCAGGAAGACAAAAAGCCGGGCAAUGGUGCCCCCUUGGUGGGCAUAUUGAAAAACGGCAGUGCCACGCCCUCCCAACCUGGCACGCCCACCGCCAUGUCCAAAAACGGGGACAUUACCUCGCGCAUCGAGGAGGAGGAAGAGGAGGAGGAUGAGGCGCCGGUGGAGAAAACAGCCGAAAAAAGCAGCGAGCAAGAGGAGCCUCAAAAGGACACACCUGCCACCGAAGUGAAGGAGUCGCAGGCUCAGCCAGCUGAGCAGAUUACGACGGACACCACUGAUUCCUCUGCCACAGCCAAUGCUUCCAAGGAUCCGGAGGCGAAAGCAGAGCCCUCAGAGCCAUCAUCUCAGUUGCCCGCCGCCCAAAACGGACAGCUGCCCCAAAAUGAACAGGUGGCUGCGGGGGAUGAGGGGCAGGUGCAGGUGCAGGUGCAGGUGCCAAGUCUACCGAAAGCGCAGCAGCAGCCACAGGGACACAAAUCCCGCCACAAAGCGCCCGAUGACACAGAGGAUCCAAUGCAGCACGAGUCCUUUGAUGUCGCCACAAAUGCGCGAACAGGGUCCACCCUGCCACCGAAUGGGUUGGAAAAUCCGGAGGAGCCGGUUGGAAAAUUGCCCCCCUUGGUGCCCCUACGACGACAUCACUCGAAAGUGACGCCCCCGCCUCCGCCAAUUUUCCUGGAAAACUCACUGCUGCAGCGCCAGUUCGCGAAUCCAAUUAGUUACUUGGGUGGACCACGACUGCAGCCGCGCAGUAAUCGCACCAGCAUCGACUCGAUAUUAUCGCUGGAUUAGCGCCGCAGCCAGUCCUCCGCCCACUCAACCCCCUUUAAGCCGCGCAGACUAGUCACAAACUCAAACUGUCAACUGGUGGGCGGGAAAACCCCCAGUGGAUUCUCUUCCCCGAUACCACAACCUCAACUUGGAAGCUCUUUGUCGGUUAGAAACUUUAAAAAAUGUUAGUUAGCCUUAGUUAAAAUACAAAUAAAUUGUUAAACUUGA